CUUUCAUUAACAUGUACUUUAGUUUUAUUGGAUGUGUAGCCAUAUUUAGCAUAGACGCAUUUCUAGCUCUCAUUGUCUUUCAAAUCAUUGGACACUUUCAAAUAUUGAAACAUAACAUGGAGAAUCUGCCGCGACCCAAAACAGAAACUGCGGUUUUCAUUCCUGGAAUGAUAAAAAAUAAUGUUUACCUAAGGUGGUAUGAUGAUGAUGAAAAUAAAUAUAUUAAUAGAGCUAUUAUACAAAUGAUGAAUCAUCAUAAAUACAUAAUGCGGUGUGUGGAUGAAAUAUCCUCGUUCUUUGGUCCCAUCCUGGGCCUGAACUACAUGUUCCACCUGGUCAACCUGUGCGUGCUGUUUCUCGAGUGUAUCCGAUGCGAACAUGAUGAUUUGCUCCGUAAUCUCUGCGUACUAGGAGUGUCACUGGGGAACUUGCUGGUUCAGUCCAUCACCUUUGAAAUAGUCAGUGCUUAUAGUGAAAAGCUUAUUGAUGCUGUGUAUGGAAUGCCCUGGGAGAGCAUGAAUAUCAGUAAUAGGAAAUGUUUGAUGCUCUUCUUGAGUCGAGUUCAAGACCCCAUCAGAGUCACUACUAUAGGGGUGGUGCCUGUCGGAGUACAGACUAUGGGAUCGAUUUUGAGAACCAGUUUUUCCUACUGUACUUUUUUACUAACUAUAGAGUGACGUAAUAAAUGCAAAAUCCCUUUCAUUUCGUAACAUAUCUCUAAUAAUAAUAACAUGCAGUUUAC